GGUUAUGGUCUGCGAGUAAAAAAAAGUGUAAGUGCAAUGGUUUGCGCCAUAGAGCCAAUGCAGCGGUGCAUGAAUUGAAGGCUGGUUAGAAGAAGAGUCGAUUAGAGUUUCGAGUGAGAAAAGCGACUAAAUGAGCGAGAAUCUGCUGUGAUGGACUGUACGAUCAAGGAAGCUCUGUCCGUGGUGAGUGAGGAUCAGCCCAUUUUCGAGCCGCCCUACUCCACAACCAUGCACAUGAAGACUGAGAUGACGUCGCCCGGCGGCUUCGGCCAGACCUCCAAACAGAGUCCUGAGCCCACUGAGCCGGAGUGGGUGGGGUCCAGAGCACAGAACUCUGGGAAAAGAAGUGAACACAUGAAUGGGAGCAGUGCCGAGUCCCCGGUGGACUGCAGUGUCACCAAACGCUCCAGACACAUGAGCAAUGACGGGGCACCCAUGGUGUACCAGGUCUCCUACGCAGAACCUCGCGUCAGUCCUGAGACCACCACACCACCCAGCAGCAGCACAGAGGAGAAGAGGGUCAUUGUGCCUGCAGACCCAGAGGUCUGGACACAGGACCACGUGCGGCAGUGGCUGGACUGGGCCAUCAAGGAGUACGUCCUGGAGGAGGUGGACGUCAUGCUCUUCCAGGCACUCGACGGAAAAGCCCUGUGCAAGAUGACCAAGGACGACAUGAUGCGUCUCACGUCAGCCUACAACGCAGACAUGCUUCUCUCGCACCUCAAUUACCUCAGGCAGAGUAGCCCUACAUUCUCAUACUCCACAACUCCAACCAACAACACACCCCCACAACAACCCAGACUACAGGUGAAAGCAGAGAGCGACUUUGAUGAGAUCAGCCGCAGAAACAGCUGGCCUGCAAACACCAUGACUGCGGUGCCCAAAGGUUCUUCCAUGGAGCACCAUCACAGUACAAGAGUGACGGAGCCGGCUCCAAGAAUUGUCCAAGGUAUGAUGGCACCUUUGCAUGCAGGGGUCACCACAGCAGAUCAUCUGCCUCCAUCUUGUCCAGCUUCUCUGCAGUCUCUCUCUCUCUCUUCCUCCUGCCUCGAGUCAUCUCAACCUUCCCUUUCAUGUGAAACUAUUCGUAUUCUCUUAAAAAUAAGCAGCAUGCUAACAACACGCUGAUGUUUCCAUGUUUACCAGGCUCUUUGUUUAGAGAAUUCAACCUCAGCUCUGUAGGAGAUGAUCUGUCUGCCUGCCUGCCUGCCUGCCUGCCUGUCUGCCUGUCUGUCAGUUAAAAAAAGUAAAGGAAAUUGAACCUGGAUGUGGAGGGAAAACAUGUUUAGAUUUGUUUCUGAAAAUCUUUUUCAUCUUAUUUCUGUAAAUACCCGAUAAAAAGAAAGAAAAGUCUGUAUAAAGUGUGGCUAUAAACACAUGGAACGAUCACUUCAACUACAUCAAAUGACUAUAUAAGUAAAUGAAUACUGUACUUUCACUUUCAGUGUUCACCUUGAUAUGCAACUGUUCAACUAAAUAAUGCUAUAGUUCAUAUGAAUGUGUGAUACAAAUCCUCAUGGUACACAAACGUCUACAUGAUUCUUUCUCUGGGGAACAAAUAAUAAUUCAACAAAUAAUUCCUCCAUUGGUCGUUGAAAUUGUUUGGUGUGGAACGCAGUCGUGGAGCCACUGGCUGUGGAACUGUCAUGGGUAAAAUGAAGCACUUUGUUUGACCUCAUUAAUGCAGGAGCCUGUGGCUAAAUAAUAAUAUAAUAUAAUAUAAUAUAAUAUUGCCUUUUAUUUCAUCUUGAAGACACUUGAAAAACAUUCACUUUAAAAUUAAUAUUUGCCACAGACAAUAUAUAUAUAUGUAUAU